GUACUUUUUUGUGAAAUGGAACUGUGUUUUAGUGCUAAAGUAAAUGAUUUAUUUAAGGUUACAACUGUGAUAAAAGAAAUUUCUCAUUUGGAAAGCAACCCACUCGAUUGGUCAGUUGAAGAAGUAGUCAAAUAUUUACAAAAGACAGACUGUGCUCCUUUAGCUCCACUUCUAAAAGAUCAGGAGCAACAAAUUAGAAAACUAUCUUCACAAACAACAGAAGCUGAAUGUCACAUUUUAAGCACAUGUUCGUUUGAGACAAUCAGGAAAUUGAUGGGCAAGCUUUGCUAAUGUUAAAUAUAGCAAAUGUUCAAGAAUAUCUUCAUCUGAAACCAGAACCAGCCAAAAAAUUUUGUUGCCUCAUUAAAAGCUUAAAAAUUGAGUUUUUCACUCAUUUUACUGUUUAGAAUUAAUGUCAGAUUAUUACUUCGUAUUUAUUAUUUUGCAUGUAAUUUAUUAUCUUUCAUCUCUAUUUGUAAGCUUUUUGUCCUUUAAUUUUCAAUAAUUCAUUAUAAUUAAAAAAAAAAGAAAAAAAGAAACUAUUUUCGAAGGGUGUUCAGAACUGCUAAAAACUAUCAGGAUAUAUUGGCUGCUUUCACUUUACAUCUUACAAUCUUCUUUUUUUUUUUUUUUUUUUUUUUUUUUUUCCCCCAAGAUAUUUCCAAGCACAUUUACAGUUUUCAUACAGAUAUAUCUAGUACAUAUUUAUGAGCAUUUAGUCAUGGCAAGAAAAGAAUCCUAGUCUUUAGACCACAAUACUUUUAAUUGCUAGACCAGAACAAUUUGGUUCUUAAUUUUUGAGGUUUAUGAUUAUUAAGUGUAUGAAAGUUUCCCGUGAUUUCUGAUUAUAUCAUGUUAUAAUUUCCUUUUUGUUAUUUCUAUUGAUAAAGACGUUUUAACUAAACAAUUCAAUAAAUAUGGUCUAUUAAUAAAAAUAACAUUAUUUAAUAACAGACUUGGAAAUACUUCAUUUUAUAUUUCUCUUGCAGAAAACUUUUAUAGUAUAUAUUUGUAUAGUAUUGUAAAUAAUGCUAAAGGUAAGAAUAAAAUUUGUAUAUGUAGUUUGUAAA